CACUUUCAUUACUGGGACCAAAAUAAGACAGCAGCUCAGGUCCAGCAGUGAUUGGUGAGUUGGUGGGGCACUCCUCAGCAAGAUGGCUGCAUUGCUGCGCGCAAUAGUGGCAUCCUGGUGAAAUGACGCAAGCCACAGUUUACGUUCAGUCCUCGAGGCUCUGAGCUCUCCGGUCUUCAUAGCGCAGAUCCCGCCCGACUCACAGCCGGAAGACCGACCGGCUAUCCUCCAGUGGAUCGAGCGGAACCGGUUCAUCUGAGUGAGAGUGCGAUGAGGAGAGGUUUCAGAGUGUGAGGCCAUGGGCUGCACCUCGGCCAAGCAGGUGUCGGCCGUGCCCAACGAUGAAGAGGGACGCGGCAAGGCCUACAGCAACGGAGACCUCUUCACCGACGAAUACAAGAUGAAGGGAGUGGAGGAGGUGAAGUACAUGAGAGGGGAUGAAAACCGGGUGAAUGCACGCAACCAGGAGAACCUGGAGAAGAGUAAUGUGCAGUACAGGGGCAAACAGCAGAAAGAGGUCUCUUCGGCAAACAUCAAGUCUAAUAUUCACACGUCAGAGAGCCAGCAGGAAUUUUUCAGGAUGCUGGAUGAGAAGAUUGAGAAGGGGCGAGACUACUGUUCGGAGGAGGAGAUGGGGGAAGACGGGACAUAGCACAGAGGCCCCCAAGAUUCCCCCCCACAGAGAGCCUCACUGUGUGUGUGUGUGUGUGUGUGUGUGUGUGUUGAAUCAGUGUUUAACCAAUGGGGCGUUGAUGUGAAGGGACGCUGUAUGUGUUUUUGAAUGUAUGGCAAAGAUAGUAUUUUAAUCAAAAGUGAAAGAGUGGGGGAUAAAUGUGAGACAGAGAGAGAGAGAAUGGGAUGAAGAAGACUUUCUUCAGCGACUAUAGCCAUCCUCUCUUAGCGCCUCAUCCCUUCAGGCCCCUGAGCGGACAGAUGGAGAUGGCGGAGCAAUGAAGGGACAGACAGAUGAAAGGAGGGAGAGAUGGAGGAGGACGUGACAAAAAGGACACAGUUGGGCCAAACAGAGUAAUUUCCUCAAGCAGGACAGCAGCAGCACCUCAUCCCUCCAUCUGUCCCUCCGUAUCUGUCCGUCUGUACCUCCGUAGUCCGAUCCUGAAUAUUUAAGGCCUGCAAAUGGACAAAGGAAGUGAGCACAAAUGUCUUUGGUGGGUGUGUGAAGGACUGAGAGACACACAAGUGAAGAAGAAAGGAAGCCCUGAGAAGAAAAUAUGUUUAAAAGCAGAGGAGUUACGUAACAACACCAGGAUCUACACAGAACUUUUUUGGUCUGCCUACCUACAGCCAGGCCAGCCUGGGCCAUGACGAACUGAGAGAAUGGGUGAGCGUGGGUGAGGGAAGAGAGAGUGUAAAAUUUGUGAUAUUUUAAUAAGAGAGAGUAGGGAGCGAGCCGGUGAUUUAGAAACUCAAAACUCCUCCUGCCUUCUGAAGUCAAGGACCUUUUUUUUAUUAUUGUGUUCCGCAGCCACUUGUUCAGUUAUUUUUUUCCCCUUUCUGAUUUUUUUUUUUUUUUUUUUUGCUUUACCCUUGGCUUCCUUCGCAGUUUUUCAUCAUCAUCAUCAUCCUCAUCAUCAUCAUCAACUCCCUUAUCAUCCUCCUCACCACAGCAGGCACACUAACGCUGUGUUAAUUCAGAGCAUCUUUGUCUCAACCUAAUCCAUCCUCCUUGAUAUAACAUAACACUGCAGAUCAUAGCUGACAUACGCACACACACACACACACACACACACCAUGGAGUCUUUUAUUGUACAUAUCGUAGCACACUCUCAUUCCAACACUCAGCAUGUACAUAUAAACCACACACACAGAUAUCCCUUUCAUUUCACCAGCAGACUAUCGUGUGCAUCAAUCAGAGGUUUUCUGUAAAGCUCUAUUUCUCCUUUGAUUCAGUUUCAGACACAUCCAUACACACUGUGGCACUGAAGCAAAAAUUUGGGCUGAGCUCAAGUAGAGGAUGCGUGGUUGCUGUGUAGACACAGACUGGAUCACAUUUUCUGUUGUCAUCUUUACCGGAUACUUCCUGUUGUAUUAUUUUGAAUACUUUUUUUCUAUUAAAAAUAAAAACGAAGAAGCGCUUAA